UUGUACAUUUUCCAUCUCGCAGUUUGUGCCUGAUGUGGUGUUUGUAUAAUAGGUUACUUGUGCACGAAAAAUGACAUUUCUGAACUUAAGAAACUAUUUAUUAAAAAAUAAAUAAUAAGUGCCGCGAUAUUAUUUGAAUGUAAGUAACAAAAUAUUGUUACUGAAAAUUCCAAUUGUUUAACGAUCACUGUGAGGUUAGGAGUGUGAAAAAUUGUUGUGAAUAUUUUUUAUGUUCAAUGUUUGUCGUCCAACUGUUUUUAAAUCACUAUCAAGAAUGGAAAGGAGUAUUGCAUGAAAUAUGACAUUAGGUAUAUUGAAUAAAGAAGAGAUAAGAUGAUCGCUACCUCUUCCAAUUUGGAAGAUGCUUGUAGGCAGGCACAGGAAUUAAUUAACCAGGUUUCUAAAACCUGCAAAGACUCACUUCCGGGUCAUGGUUUAAUGGGAGACAAACUGCCAUCUGCCCACAAGAAGGAGCAGAGCUAUUCUAAACACACUAUCCAGUCGAAACUUACUAGACUGUAUUUUGAAGAACUAUCGAAAGUACCGCAUGCAACUCCGGCUUCAGUUCUGAAAAAUCUUCAAAAUGAAUGCGAUCUCUUGGGGCGAUUGGUCCAGCGUGAAAGUUUGCACACGCUAAUUGUUAAUUUGUAUGCUAGCAACAAAGGAUACUCAUUAGGCGUAAGAAAUAGCGAUAAAGGAAAUCAAUACGAUAAGAAUUCUCUGCUCUCGGAAACUCAGCUAAUGGGUUACGAGCAAGGAGAAUUUCUCUCUUGUAUUGACAAUGGUCAGCUACCGGCAAUGCUGGCCGAGCAAUUGGAAUCGAGUCAUUCUCAUUUAUUCUACGACGGUUGCAUAAUUGCCGAGGUUCGAGAUUAUCGCAGACAUCACACAAAACCCGAUAUUCAUCACGUUUUACUCAAACCAACAACUCAGAGUGUUCUUUCGGACGUUUCAACUCUGACGAGCAACGGAGAAUGGAGUCACGAAGAAAGACUGGUGCUCGAGUCGCACUUGGUGGCAGCUACACAAGGUCCUCUAUGCUUAGACCCAAAUCCAAUUCCCAGUCUGGCAACAACUCGACUUCAACAGUCAAGAGCCCUUCUUACCGACCAUCAGUUAAUGCGCCAAGCCAAAAAGUUUUCUCAGGUAACGGUAAAUCGUAAGAGGAAAUUGGAGCAAUUGUCACAGCCCGAAGGUUUUACGAUACAGGAUUUAAUGCAAAAGAUCCGUGUAAAGAAUGGAACACCAGUAGCUCACAACUGUCGAACGCCUUGUCUUGCCAAUCCUCCUCUUUUGCCCCCGAGCUCACCACUUGAAGUCUUAAGAUACGCGAAGCAGCUGGAGCGACCGCGAGAAACUAAAGACUGCAUGCCGCAACUUGUAGAAGAAUAUAUAUUAGAGACUGAAAGGGGCCAAGGACGAAUCUACCACAUAAAGCUCUCAAUCCUACAAAGACUUUCCAAUUUCGAGUACCUGGGAGAGCUCUAUGUGGACAGAGAUUAUCGAGAGGGAGAAAAAAAUGGAUCGUCCUGCAGAUUCACACUCGGUAAUAGAGUCCUGGCUACCCAAUAUAUUCAGCAAUUUACAGAAAUUUUCACUGAAGAAGGAAAAAAGAAUGUUAGAAUAAAACAUGUUGUGCCGGGGCAGGUUCCUCGAGUUACGUGCACCCCAGGCAUGCAACGUAGUCAACAACAGGCUCAACAGGCUCAAUUGGUGGCUCAACAAUUACAGCAAGCUCAGCAGGCUCAACAGGCUCAGCAGAAUCAACACGUGGAGCAACAGAUUCUUUCGCGCGCACAAGGCCAGCUAAAUAAUUUAGCUGGACAAGUGACUUCCAUGAAGGCCGCUAUGGAGGCCUCAACGUCAGCGCAAGUGAAUCUCACUUCUUCCGAUGCCGCGAAUGUUAUUCAAAAUAUACCUCAAUUGGAGACAAUUGGUAAUGUCAAUGCGGUGAUUCAACCUCUUGCCAAUGGAGGACCCAGUGCACCAAUUCCGGUACAAAUUGACGCAUCAACAAUGUCGGCUGCCACUGAUCCUACUCCCUGCAAUGGAUCUGGAAUUUUUGUCUUUCAACAAAAGCAGCCCACUCCCAUUAAUAAUGCAACCACCAAUGUUCCAAUUUUGCAAGCACAACUGCAAGCUGGUACGCAGAGCAACAUUGUCGAUACGAGCCAAAGUUCGAAUAAAGAUUCUUUCAAAAAUCCUUCGAUCAAUCCAGAAAUAAGCGCUAUUGUCAAUUCACUCAUGAAUUCAACUAAAGAAUAUCAACAACAAGUCGCAGCGUUUGCAGCGGCAGCUGCCAUGAACAAUAAUGCGCAAGCUCCUCCAAAAUCGAACAAUGCUGCAAUUAUCAGUUUAUUGAAUAGCAACCCAGUGAACAUAGCGCCGCAGAAGUCACAGCCAAGAAGGAUCUCUUUAAAUGCUUCCAUUCCUCAGAGAGUAAUAAGCCACGGCAAUGUGAUAACCGUACCAAAUACCACCGGUCAGAUGAGGGUGAAUUUCAGUUCGGCACUUGCUAGUCAGUUGGUAGGUAAACAGCAACCGGUGAAAGGAGCAACAGUGCGUCUCGCUCGAGUUCAAGAUUCAACGCUCGGAUUAUCAAUGCCCGGACUGUCGGCUCUCCUUGCCGGAACACCGUCGGCUGACAAUCCAAUUCCUGGGAUAAACAGUGCCUCGUCCUUAUUGGAAAGACUAACGGCCUCAUCGAGUCAGGGGAGCCAACCAACGAGUCCUAUGACGAGUCCACCACCUGCCAAUGUCAAUCUUCAGGGCGUCAAUUUAGCUAAUUUACCCAAUUCCAUCAAUGGACUUCAAAAUGUCCAGGUAUCGUUUCCUGGUUUAUCUCAACCGAUCACAAUGUCCUUAAACGUUUCGGCAGCAACGGGAUCCGUCGCACCCACAGGAGUUAUCGUUUCUCUUCCCAUUUCAUCAGCAACAAAUACUUGCACCACUGUUUCGAGCAUGGUGGCUGCAACCGUUGUCACGACAGCAAUUGCCGGAACUACGCCAACGGUCGUAAUUGCAAAUCCUGCCAAUACUCAUUUAUCGUUACCAAUCGCUCAAAUUAUUCAACCGGGGGUUAAGGGCAUCUCUCAACAGAAUAUACGUAAUACAAGUGCCGUAACUCUCUCACAGGGGGGUCAGGCCAUUCAACUACUUGGUUCGCCAAGGCCUCGCUUUAGUCAAAUGGCUCGACAAGGUCAAUCGAAUAAUCAAGGAAAGACGACAGUUUUACCAAAUCAAUUGGUAACAGUAGCGAAAUCAAUGUCGGCGAGCCAAUUGAUUUUAACUGGAAAUAAACAAGUUUUAACUCCCAUAAUGGCGGCCUCGAAACCGAUGCUGAUGACCUCACAGACAUCGCCUUCUUCCCAAGCUGUACCUGCUAAUAAACAAACUCUACUUACAAAAUCAUUGCAAGCCAGAACCGCUUCCACUGGUCAAUGCAGUUCGCAGACACAAAGUUUAAACGUUGCUGGACUGUCGCCACAACAGCUCCAGCAACUUCAGCAAAUAGCAGCGCAACAUAAAGCAACCUUAGCUGCUGGAAAUUCUCCCAGUCGAAGUCACCUGCAACCACAGCGAAAUACAACAUCAGGUGACGAUCCUCUCUGAAUUGGGGACAAUUUAAAAAUUGGGAAUUGGCUUUGUGCACGCGGCAAUAUUUUAGCCUCACUUUUGUUAAAAAAAAAAAGUGAGACUACCGGUGUUUCCACCAAUCAUAUUUCCAAAAAAAGCAACUAAAAAAAAAAAUUCUAUCUAUUUUUGAAUCACUGAAACGCGACCUUCGAAAAUCUAUACAUUAUUAUUAAUAUUAUUAUUAUUAAUUAUUAAUAUUAUUAUUAUUAGAGACACUAUGACAAAAGGAACGAAAGUAUCAAAUGCGUGUGCAAUAAGUGUGAAAAACGACACUAUGUGUAUCGACUUUUUUGCCUCGCGCUACUGUACUUCGAGGAAGGUUUCAAUUAUUGUAGAUAACAUAUUAUACAUAUAAUAUACUAUUUGUUUUAUAUUAAAA